AUGGAAAAAACCCCAAAAAACCCAACCCCAAAAUGGGAAUUUGAGCUCCGUCAUAACAAAGCCACUGUCGCUACCAGUACCAGAGACGAGGAGGAUGAUGAAGUGAGACGGCAACACCGCCCCGCCUGGGAGAUAGCAGCAGAACAGCACCCCGCCCUUGCCAUGAAGAACACUGCCCGUCCCCCUCUCCCCACUCCUGUACAUCAGACUAGAGUUGAUUAUGCGAAGCAAUAUUACCGUGACAGGAUGGCAAUGUUUGUUGGUCUUGUUCUGAUAAUGAUAGGUGUAGCUACGUGGGCUAUAGCUGUUUCUCACCAGUCCCCGAUAUCGAGAUGGAUGGGGUGUGUGAUAAUAGUGGUUGGAGUAGGAUGGCUUAUAGUGGACUGUAUCAACGUUAAAACGAGGAGGAAGUCUUGAUAACUUCUCUCAGAUUUAAUUAAUUGAUUAUUUAAUUUUCCAAUCUAUCAAGUGAUUAACAAGUUGAUCAAUUCAAGAAUUAUCUUUGAAAAAUCUGAAUAAUCUUCAAUGAUGGACAGAUUUGUAAAAGAAAGGUUUUAUAUACAGGUAUUUGAAGUAUGUUCAAGUGCAACUUACUUUUAUUAUAUUAUAUAAUUGAGUAUAUUGUAAUUAGAAUUCACUAACCGUGAGAUAAUGAAUGCCGCCGGCCGACUUCCGAAUCAUAUAAUUAUCAUAAUUACAAUCUUUUGACAGGGUACACAAUGCCAUCAUCGUCCAAUAUCUAAAUUAUUGGUUUAUAAUUUAGACGUAAUUUUCUGAUGAUGAUUUAGAAUUUAUUCUAGAAAUUUCACCAUUUG